AUGUCUCCUCCGAACCUCAAUGUUCUCACCCAGGCGCAUACUGCCAUCGCUGCAAAGAAACGGGCAAAGCGCAAUCAGGUCCAGGAAGUUAUCUUCGAUGAUACAGCUCGACAUGACUUUCUUACUGGUUUCCAUAAACGCAAAUUGGCAAAAACGGAAGCAGCUAAGAAGAAAGCUCUUGAGAGAGAGAAGCAACAGCGUCAGGAGGACAGGCGUGAGGUUCGAGCUUAUCUCAAAUCGCUUGCCGUUUCUCUCACUUUGGUACAGCAAAGACGCAUGCUCAGAGAACGUGCCGCCGAAAACGCCGCCGAGAUAGAAAAGGCUUACGGUGCUACUCUAGCUCCUUCUGCCGGGGAUCAGGAAUGGCAAGGUAUAUCAGACCCAAGCGACCAAAAGGAGCAAGAAUAUGAGGAUGAAGAAGUUCUUGCUACUGUUGCUAUAGUUGAAGAUUUUGAUCCAGAUACGCUUCUGCAUGGACCCACGAAAACCGUCUCAGAUCCCGAAUCUUCUUCUGUUCCUGUUGUUGCUGGACCAUCUCACCGAAAUAGUUCCGAUCCAGCCGCUAAGCUGACGAGAAAAAAACAACCCAAAAAGGUUCGCUAUCAGACCAAAGAUGCACGGAAAUCUGAACGAACAAAACAACGUGCAAGACGGACGGAAAAGGCGGAAUUAGCUGGCGGAAAAGCCUCACGAAAGAAUAGAAAUGCUGGAGGCAAAGGCGGGAAAAGACGUUAA